ACCCUCUUUUGGUGGCUGCGCUCCUCCUCCUAAUAUUUUUUUAAGUCCUGGCCUCCUUUUCUUCUUCACCAGUAUUUAACUUUCACCUGAAGCAGAUUCAGUCAGGUCGGUGAUUGUCACAGACAUCUUCAACAUGCUCUUCUGGAUACUGUUUGCCGCUGUGCUUUCUCUUGCCCUUUUAUUCCCACAUCCUCACUUUUUCCAGGAUGUCCAGUACGUCCUCUCUAAAUUAAAAGUAAGGCGCCGCGUUCAGAAAUACCAUCAUAGAAAAUACUCCAUCGUGGACCGGUUUUUAGACCGGGUGAAGGCGCAGCCGCACAAGCCGUUUAUUCUUUUCAAGGAUGAGACUUUCACCUACCGGGACGCCGAUGAGCUCAGCAACAAAGCUGCCAGAGUUUUCCUGCAGAGCGGACUCGUUAAGGAGGGCGACACGGUGGCGCUGUUCCUCGGAAACUCGCCCAUGUUUCUGUGGCUGUGGUUGGGUUUGGUGAAGAUCGGAUGUUCCGCUGCUUUUCUCAACCACAACAUCAGAUCCAGGUCGCUGUUACACUGCUUCAACUGCAGCGGAGCCACAACUCUGGUCGCAGGUGAAGAGUUACAGGAUGCUGUGGAGGAGGUCCUGCCCAGUCUGCUGGAGCAGCAGGUCACUGUUUUCAUCCUGGCCGACAGAUGCAGAACUGCAGACGUGAAAAGCUUCAGCGACAAAAUGAGCCAGGCCUCCUCUGAGCCUAUAUCCAAGGAUUUAAGGUCGCAUUUAACCUUGCAGAGCCCAGCAGCCUACAUAUACACAUCAGGGACAACAGGUUUACCUAAAGCAGCAGUGAUCUCUCACUCCAAACUGUGGACCAUGUCUCUGCUUCUGUCCACAGUGGCGGUGAACUCCAAAGAUGUGAUUUAUAUUAGCCUCCCUCUCUAUCACAGCGCUGGCUUCAUUGGUUUCACCACGGCCAUUGAGAGGGGUAUCACAGUGGCUAUGAGGAGUAAAUUUUCUGCCUCUCAGUUCUGGGACGACUGUCGAAAAUAUAACGUCACUGUCAUACAGUACAUAGGUGAAAUUAUGCGUUACCUCUGCAACACACCGAGGAAACUCAAUGAUCGGAGCCACAAAGUAAGACUGGCGGUAGGCAACGGCAUCAGGGCAGAUGUUUGGAGGGACUUCACGAGCAGGUUCGGAAACAUUCAAAUCAGAGAGUUUUACGGAGCGACGGAAGGGAAUUUCUUUCUGCUGAAUUACACCGGCAAGAUUGGAGCUGUCGGGCGGGACACCUUCCUCCACAAGAGGUUUUUUCCAUACUCUCUGAUCAAAUAUGAUGUGGAUAAAGGAAGUCCUCUGAGGGACUCUGCUGGUUUCUGCAUAGAGGCUGCCAAAGGUGAGCCUGCACUUCUGGUGUGUGAAAUAUCAACAAACGCACCGUUUUCUGGAUAUGCCCGAGACCCGCGGCAGACUGAGAAGAAAAGGCUGCAUGAUGUCCACAGGAAAGGAGACGUGUACUUCAACACUGGUGACCUGCUGAGCGUUGAUGAAGACAAUUUCAUCUACUUCCAGGAUCGAGUUGGAGACACUUUCAGAUGGAAAGGAGAGAACGUGUCGACGAGUGAGGUGGCCGACGUCAUCACGCUGAUUGACUGCAUUAAAGAAGCUAUCGUGUACGGAGUUGAAGUGCCGGGUCUGGAGGGCAGAGCUGGAAUGGCUGCCGUUACUCUAAGUGAAGGACAGAAAUUUGACUCUGCGGGUGUUUUUAAACACGUCGAAAAAUUCCUGCCGUCCUACGCAAGGCCACGUUUUAUGAGGAUUCGGAGUUCCUUGGACGUUACGGGCACGUUCAAGUAUCUGAAGACAAAGCUGGUAGAGGACGGCUUCAACCCAAACCACAUAACCGACCCACUCUACUUUCUGGAUGAAAAAGACAAGAAUUACAUCCCACUUACGCUGGACAUAUUCAGUUCAAUUACAACAGGCAAGAUAAAAAUUUAAAGUGCCGCUUGUUUCUGUGUGUCAAAGGAAAAAUGAACACAGCUGAGUUUUGGUUGUUCUGUGAUUUGAGAAGCGUUGUGAUGUUUAAUCUCCUCACCUUUCAUACAUAUCCUUAAACGACUUCAGUUUUCAUCCAGAGGAGCAUGUUUGAGUUUUCUGCGCUGAGCCGUGAGAACGACUGCUGCAAUAGCUUCACAUAAGAGAGCAGGAAAGCAAGUUAUUCCGGUUGAGGAAAGUGAGAGCUGUGAUCUCCUCAUUCAGAGUCCUCGCUGUGUAAUUGACUGGUCUAUUGAGACUACUUUAUUUUUCAUUACUUAACUACAGCCCACAUCUUGUUAAGACACUCUUAAUACAUUCCUUUUUCACGGCGAACUGAAAAGCACAGGUGCAAUUCAUAACAUUAAUACGGGCUGCAGUCCAUUCAGCUUAUGUAGUUUCUGGGUUUCAGGGUGUGGGCUCACUGAUGGAGCAGAGCCAUCAUUAAUGUUACUAACCACACCUGUGCUUUUCCCGCUGUAAGAAGGAUGCACUACGUAACUUAUAAUAAAAACUGUAGCUCCUCUUUCAAAUGCUACCUUCAGUAUAAAAAAUAAUUGAUUGUUCAUCCCUAACAGCCUUAAACUUGAUUCCGACUGACCUGACAGCUGAAACGCAGAAAUAAAUUAAAAAAAGUUAUAAAUCUCAA